UCUUAAUAUAUUGAUUCUUUCAAACAAAUGCAUUAUUCUUCUUUGUAACUUGCAGCACUACAUGAUAAUGAAAUUAACUACAUCAGUUGUCACUACAUGCUAGUCAUCAUUCAUCAGAGACAGUUGAAAGCACUUAGAAGUUAAUGUGAAGAUUUUUGCAACGCAGUUAAGAAUUAUUAAAAGUAAUGGCAAACUUACGUUUUUCUAUAACGAAGUUCAUAUUUUGUUGUAAUUUGUUUUUUCUAACAUUCUCUAAUCCUACAAAUAUAUCAUUACAAAGUGUAAACGAUUCGUUGAUACAAACUGCGUUACAUUUCUUAAAUGAAAAUUCACCAACGCAUCACACAUAUACAGGUGGACAAUUGAUUAAUGCUGAAAAAUUAGAAGAACUGUCAUACGUGAUAUAUAGAUUAACGUUUAAUUUGAAUCCUGUUUGUAAAGAAAUUUUAAUAUCCUGUCCUACAGAAGCAUGCACAAUUAACCUUAAACAAGAUGAGUUUAGCAAUAUACACGUACAAAGCGAUUCUAUUCAAUGUACGUAUUUGUAUCCUCAGUCUUCUCAAAGUAAUGGAGUGCCAGAACAAAACAAAGAGAUUAAUUAUGAAAAUCAUGAGUUUAUAGAAAAUUUAAACAAACAGAUUAUACAAAAUGGAACUACUGCAUCAGAUCAUGAAAUUAAAUCGACAAGAGAUGAAAAUGAUCCUCAAAUCAUAGCCGUGAAAACAUCUGAUUCUAAUUAUUGUCCUGGAUGCCCGUAUGACUUGAAUCCUCAUCUACCUGGAUUUGUUACUUUCAACAGACAGAUUGAAAAACAAAUGGAUGAGGUUCUACCGAAUAAUUUUAAACAUACAAUAAUUGAUAUUGUUAAAGUAACUCGUGCAGUUCCACCUUCUUCUAACAUAAUACAGUAUCAACUUUUAGUUGAAGUAGGCGAAUCCUCUUGUUUAAAAAAUGUAUUGACAAGUUCUUCAGAUUGUACAUUGCAAUCUAAUGUUCCAAUCAAAACAUGUUUGGUGACAUUUGAAGAGCAACCUUGGCAACACGAUACUCGUAAAAUAACAAAGAAUAAUUGUACAGCAGUGUCAAUUAGUAAUAAUGAAUUUAAUAUAGCUCAAAAUUUAAUAAAUGAGUCAUAUAUAAUAGCUAAAGAUAACAAUCAGCAACAGAAAGACAAUGCUUUUGAUGGUUUAAAGAGUGUUUUGAUAAACGAUUUUACACGUACUUCAAAUGUUAAUACUCAAGAAAAUGAAAAACCGCUUGUCACAGAACAUCCAUUUAUAAAAUUACUUAUAAAUAAAAGUAACGAUGAAGAAGAAUCUCAAGGGUUUACAAAUAAAAUUAAAGAAUUUGAAGAAUUUUUAGAAGAUUUUGAUUUACCAAUUAAGACUAAUGAGAAUGACAAUAGUCAACAAGCAUUAGUUAAUGAAAGAGAAAUUGUAUUGGAAGAAGCAUCAGUGCAUAACAAAGAUGAAAAAUUCAAUUCUCAAAACAAUAUUAUUGAUUCAAAUCUAUCCUUUAAUAAAAAAAAAAGAUCGCCUGCUCUUUAUGAUAUCGCUAUAAGAAAAAGAAAAAGAUCAUUAGUUGGAGAACCUUCUAGGAAAGACAUAAAUGAUCCGGAAAUUGUAAAAUUUGCAAAUCUUGGUGUAACUAAAUUUUCUCAAAAUUUGGAAAGUACAAAUGAACCAAUCUUAGUAGAAAUUAUAGAAGCAUCUACUCAAGUUGUUUCAGGUUUAUUAUAUAAAAUAAAAGUGAAAUUAGGUGUAAGUAAUUGUCCUAAAGGAACAAAAGAAAAUUGUCAAUUGAAAGAGGGAAGUGAUCUUAAAGAAUGUUUAUUCACUAUAUGGUCACAACCUUGGUUAGAUAAAGGUUCUCCAGAUAUUAAAAUAAAUUGCGAACAGAAUACGAAGAGGAAACGAUCUCUUAAAGGUGCCAAUUAUAUUCGAAAUAUGUUAAUUCAAGCAGAUAGUAUGAGAAAUGAAAGAAUGUUCCAAAAUUUUAUUGUAAAUUUUAAUAAAAAUUAUUCAUCUGAUAAAGAAAAAAAAUAUCGCUUUAAGAUAUUUCAAAAAAAUCUUAGAACGAUAGAAAGAUUGCAAACGCAUGAACAAGGUACUGGAGAAUAUGGAGUGACUAUGUUUGCGGAUUUAACAUCUGAAGAAUUUAAAAAGCAACAUUUAGGAUUGCGUCCUGAUUUGCGUACAGAAAAUCAAAUACCAAUCCCAGAAGCAAAAAUACCUGAUAUUGAAUUGCCCAUUGAAUUUGAUUGGCGUCAUUACAAUGCUGUGACACCUGUGAAAGAUCAAGGACAAUGUGGGUCAUGUUGGGCAUUUUCUGUAACAGGUAAUGUAGAGGGGCAAUAUGCUAUAAAGCAUGGAAAAUUACUCUCGUUAUCUGAACAAGAAUUAGUAGAUUGUGAUAAAUUAGAUGACGCUUGCAAUGGUGGAUUACCAGAAAAUGCUUAUAGAGCAAUAGAAAAUUUAGGAGGAUUUGAAUUAGAAUCGGAUUAUCCAUAUGUAGCCAAAGAUGAAAAAUGCUACUUUAAUAAAUAUAAAAUUAAAGUAGAAAUUGCUUCUGCUGUUAAUAUUUCAUCCAAUGAAACAAAAAUGGCACAGUGGCUAAUUGAAAAAGGUCCUAUAUCUAUUGGUAUCAAUGCUAAUGCGAUGCAGUUUUAUAUGGGUGGAAUUUCUCAUCCUUUUAAAUUCUUAUGCAAUCCUUUCAAUUUGGAUCAUGGUGUUCUUAUCGUAGGUUAUGGAAUACGUAAAUAUCCACUAUUCAAGAAAGAACUACCAUAUUGGAUAAUAAAAAAUAGUUGGGGUCCUCAAUGGGGUGAACAAGGAUAUUAUAGAGUUUACAGAGGAGAUGGAACUUGUGGAUUGAAUCAAAUGGCUACAAGUGCUAUUGUUGAAUAAUACAUACCGAUUUAAAUAAUUUCUUUAAAAACAGUUAACUACUUCUAAUAAGUAAAAAAAAGUUCUUGCUUA